AUGGAACGUAGUUGCCCGACCUCGUGGGCACCACCUCGAACGACUCUGACUGAGUACGGGAAGCAGUGCGUGCUGCCGGAGAGAUCCAAAGUCACCUACAACCUCGAGCACUUGAAGAUCGUCGUGAGGAUGAUGUACCACGGAACACGUCGACGCUCUCGAUCAUACCUGAACAGCGGGUUGAAUGCGUACAUGACCAGGAGCCAGCCCAUGGGCACGCCGUCUCGACUCACGAUCCUUGAGCCCCAGCCAGCCCAGAACUGUAGACGACGACACGCAAAGACGGGCUCUCAUCGACAAGAAGCCGAACAGGUUCGCGGACUUGCUCAGCAACAAGACCACCAGCGCGAACAGCGACUCGGGCCAGCCGGCCGUCGACACGGCUGUCUCAGGAUUAACCGCAAUGCGCUAUUCCACGGCUGCCGACAAACACACGAUGGAUAUCAGACGAGGGGCCGGACCUCGAGAGCAGCCAGUGGCUCCAAUACUGGAGGCGGGACCAUGGACUCUGUAGUGGACACCUUUGUCAAUGCCUCCAGCAGAGUGCACACGCCUGACAAGCGCUCCACCGCGUUCAGCGAAUGGGCAAACAAACUGGCCGGGGAUUUAAACCAUGCAGGGAUCCAUCGACGGGCUCGCGGGCAGCAGCUAGAUCUUACGUUCAGCCAGAGUAGACGCAUGAGCAGUUCCAGGCUCUUAGAGUACGCUGCUUGCCCAGCGUCAACUAUGCAGCUGCGGCAGCCACUCCACCGUUCAUCCUCACCAGACUGGAAAGCACUAUCGCUUCCAGCCCAUUCGUCUUACAAAUCUCCAUGGAAUUUGCCCGGCGGAAUCGACCUGAAAGCGACUGAACGCUGA